AUGGAGAGUGAAAAUCUAUCAGCCGUGACUGAAUUCAUCUUCACUGGCUUCCCGCAACUCCAAGAUGGCGGCCUCCUGUACUUCUUCCCCCUACUUUUCGUCUACACCUUUAUUGUCGUUGGGAACCUGAUGGUCUUCUUUGCUGUCCGGCUGGACACCCGUCUCCACAACCCCAUGUACAAUUUCAUCAGUAUCUUCUCAUUUCUGGAGAUCUGGUACACCACGGCCACCAUCCCCACGAUGCUCUCCAAUCUGAUCAGCAGCCAAAAGACCAUCUCCUUGACUGGCUGCCUCUUGCAAAUGUACUUCUUCCAUUCACUCGGAAACACUGAAGGAGCCUUGCUGACCAUCAUGGCCAUCGACAGGUACGUUGCCAUCUGCAACCCUCUUCACUACCUGACCAUCAUGACCCCCCGACUAUGCGCUCAGCUUUCCGCAGGCUCUUGUGUCUUUGGUUUCCUCAUCCUUCUACCUGAGGUUGUAUGGAUUUCUACCCUACCUUUCUGUGGCCCCAACCAAAUCCAUCAGAUCUUCUGUGAUUUCGGUCCAUUAUUAAAUUUAGCCUGUACGGGUGCCUCUGUGAUCCUAGUGCAAGACGUGAUUCAUGCUUCAGCCAUUCUGAUAACGAGUCUGAUUAUUUCCCUUUCGUACAUCAGAAUUGUGGUUGUUAUCCUGGGCAUCCCUUCAGCAGAGGGUCGUAAAAAGGCCUUCUCCACCUGCGUCGCCCACAUUGCCGUCUUCCUGAUGUUUUUUGGCAGUGUGGCCCUCAUGUAUCUCAGAUUCUCUGCCACGUAUACGCCGUUCUGGGACACAGCCAUUGCUGUAACAUUCUCUGUCCUUUCUCCCCUUUUCAAUCCCAUGAUAUACAGCCUGAGAAAUAAUGAUAUGAAAGAUGCUAUUAAGAAGCUCCUUUGCCCUCAAAAGGUGUUUCGUGUAUUACCUUUCUUUGGUAUCGAAUCUCUUUACAAAGCUCCCAGUGACCUGAUGGAGCCCAUGGAGCCCACGCCCCAUGACACUAAGGUCACGGGUCCAAGUUCUUUCUGGAAGCUACUGGACAUUAAGCAGAAGGGUUCCAAGUAUGGAGAUGUUGGCAACAAUUUGCCAGGAUUUCUGGGAGAGCUAUUGCUGGUGGAGUCCCAGCCGCACAACUUUUUUGCCGUGAGUGUGGAAACGAUGCCUGGCACUUAG